CGGCUGGAGUUGGAGCACGGCUGGUCGACCGUCGAGGAGUGGGCGCCUGAUGGUAUCAAGGGCCCCCACGAGACCGCCUUCGGGGCAUUGAAGAAGAUCGCCGACAUCGCCGCGUACAGCCGUCUCGACGUACCUGGGGUGAAGCAGCCAGUGAAGACAGCCAAUCGGUUGUGCGACCUCUUGAAGGAGAGCCCCGAGGCGUUGUUGAAGGUCUCUGGCGUGACAGUGUCUGCGGAAGACAACGUAGAGGGGCUGCAGUCGCUGUUCUCCCUCGCGCUGGGCACGGCGGCGCGUGUGCGCAGGGCCUUGGGCCACAGCGUUCUGGCCAGAGCCAAGGGUGCAGCAGAACAGUCUCUGAAGCGCGUGGACUCGGCGGCGUGGCAACGGAAGGAAUUGCAGGCCUUCUUGAAUAUCUCCAAGCUGCUGAGCGCGGAGCCGCCCGAGGACACCUGGAAGGAAGCGGACAUGUGGCUGUGCAGCGUCGCGGCCGUCGCCGACGCCAAGGAGCUUGCCGAGCAGGCCGGGGGCGAGCUGAACCUGGAGCUGUGGGAGAACGCGAGCGACGCCGUGCGCCAGCUCGGGGACAUGGCGCAGCCGGAGCGCGCCUUCCAGACGGUCAUCGCGAAGACUUUCGACGCUUCUCUGGAAGAUGUGGAGGCAGCAGUGGGGGCCAGCAAGGAGCUACACGCGCAGGCCGUGCCAUGGCUGGAGAAAGUCGCGCAGGAGCGGGCCGAACGCUCCGUCAAGCGGUUCGACGCCGAGCCAGCCGUGCGCGCCGCGAAGGAGCUUCUUGAGAGGAGCCCCAUCCCCGAGACGCUGCAGGAAGCGGCCGAGUUCUUAAAGGUUGUCGGUGGCACCGUGGACAUGCCGGAGACCUUCGGCGGCAAGGGUGGGAAGAUGGUUGAUGCUGUCAACAAGCGGCUCUUCCUGGUCGCCUGGUGCGCGAACGUGACGUCGUCGAUUUGGGAGGCGAAAGGCCAGUCGAGGAUUCUGACCCAGCAGAAGCAGAAGGUCCGCGAUGCCAUGAGGAACCUCAUCAGCGUCGCAGAGGAGCCUGACAAGACGAAGGAGGAGUUUCCCGCGCUCGAGGGCCGCCUGAUCCCCGAGAUCCUUCUGAACGCGGGGAAGGCGAUCCUCGCCGGCCGCGCAGUGAGCGGGGAGAGCGAGGCGGAGGGCGCCAGCGGUGCAGCAGACAGCGCGCCUGGGAGCGGGGCCGGCGGCACUGACCAGAAAGGGUGCGCCCGGGCUGCGCCCGGGGCCGCCAAGAGGGCCAGGGUGGGCGACGCGGCGUCGUUUCCAAAGGCGACGCCGCAUUCCCCAGCGGUUCUGGCGGCGAAGAGUGCCAGCAUUGGCGGCGCCCCUGCGUGCAAGUCCGCGCGCAAGGCCGCGUAG